UCAUCAUCAAAAAACCGGAAAAUGUUUACCAAUCGUUUUGCAAGUGGCGGGUAGCAUUAUGUUCCGAUUUUAAAAAGUGUCCUCUCGAUUCCCUGUUACUUCUGAACCGUAAGUAGAUAAUGUCCAACGAUAAACGGACCGUGUACGUGGGUGGCCUCUCGGAUGAGGUCACCGAGAAGCUGCUCAACGAUGCGUUCAUUCCGUUCGGGGAUCUGGUAGACAUCCAGAUGCCGGUAGAUUACGAAUCGCAGAAGCAUCGAGGUUUCGCUUUCCUGGAGUUCGAAAGUGCCGAAGAUGCGGCUGCUGCCGUAGAUAACAUGAACGAUUCGGAGCUUUGUGGCCGAACAAUACGAGUGAACAUAGCCAAACCGCAGCGCAUCAAGGAAGGAAGUAAUAGGCCGGUUUGGGCUGAGGAUUCUUGGCUUCAGCAACACGCUGGGGCAACGUUGAACAAUGAGGAUGGUGAUGGGGAAACAGCUGGGGAAGGUGGUCCUGGCCAGGAAGCUCAGCCCCGAGAAGCCAAAGCACCGGAAGAGAAAAAACGGAACCCUCAGGUUUUCUUUGACAUCAGAAUUGGCAGCAACGAUAUUGGGCGAAUUAUAAUGUCACUGAGAGCGGAUAUAGUCCCGAAAACGGCAGAGAAUUUCCGGGCCUUGUGCACCGGUGAGCAGGGCUUCGGCUUCAAGGGCUCAACUUUUCAUAGGAUUAUUCCAGAAUUUAUGUGUCAGGGCGGUGAUUUUACGGCAAAUAAUGGAACUGGUGGCAAAUCGAUAUACGGCAAAAAGUUUGCCGAUGAAAACUUUAUUUUGAAACAUACAGGCUUCGGAGUAUUGUCGAUGGCGAAUUCCGGGCCUAACACAAACGGAUCCCAGUUUUUCAUUUGCACAGAAAAAACCGAAUGGCUAGACGGGAAACACGUUGUAUUCGGUAAUGUCAUCAGUGGCGCUGAUGUGGUACGGAAAAUGGAACGAUGUGGCUCCAAGGCAGGCAAAGUGAACCAGAAAGUGUCGAUCGUUGCUUGUGGAGAACUGAAAGGAUAGCAUUAAAUAACGGUAACUAUA